GCCGAGACGUUUGGGAAAGCGUCCGCCUUGUUCGUGCCAUCCGGGACGAUGGGCAACCUGAUCGCCGUGGGAGUGCACUGCGAGGUGCGCGGCUCGGAAUUCAUCUGCGGCUCGCUGUCCCACAUCCACAUCUACGAGCAGGGCGGACUGGCGACGCUGAUGGGAGCUCACCCUCGGCCGCUGACGAACCGCGCGGAUGGAACGCUCGACAUGAAGGAAAUCGCGGGCGCGAUUCGGCCGGACGAUCAGCACUUCCCGGUGACGAAGGUCCUGUGCCUGGAGCAGACACACAACAAGUGCGGCGGUCGCGUGCUGCCGCUGGACUACGUGGACAAGUGCGGCGAGUUGGCGAGGGAGCACGGCAUCGCCCUGCACCUCGACGGCGCGAGGAUAUGGAACGCGGCGGCGGCGCUCGGGGUGACGCCGGCGCGCGCCGUGGAGGCUGCGGACUCGGUGUCCGUGUGCCUGUCCAAAGCGUUGGGCGCACCCGUCGGAAGCGUCAUCGUCGGCACCCGGGAGUUCAUCGCGAAAUGCAGGAGGCUUCGCAAGGCUUGCGGCGGCACGAUGCGGCAGGCUGGCACCCUGGCAGCCGCGGCGCUCACGGCGCACGGUGAAAUCGGUCCCAUGAUUCACAUGGAUCACUCGCGGAUGUCCGAUCUCGCCGCGGGCCUGAGCAAAAUCCAGGGUCUCAAGGUUCAACGGCCGGUGCAGAGCAACAUCGCUUUCGUCAGCCUGGACGAGCGCAUCGACGUCAAGUGGAUGGUGGCGGAGAUGCGGAAGAGGGACGUCGUCUUGAUUCCGUGGGUGGGUAACUCCCUUAGGCUCGUGACCCACCACGAGAUCAACCAACCGGCGGUGGCGAAGGUGCUGCGAUGCUUCGAGGAGCUGUGCGCGCAGGUGCUUGGGCCGGCGGGCGCGGCGUGAGCUACGGUGAUUAUUCAAAGCCUAGCUAGCUGGUAUCCAAAUUGAAACACCCGGGGAGAACUUUCAG